AUGCUGGCUAGUUUUUUAUCUUUGUUUGGUCUGUUAUCGACGUAUACGACGUUAUAUCCGCCAUUUGAACAGGAUGAUUGGCGUGCAGUGAAUGACCAGCUGCGUGGUGGCAGCAGUACAAGUCAUUUCGAUGUCGUCGAUGAUGGACAGAGUGGGUUAUUCUAUGGGAUACUCGACACUCAAACACUCGGUGGCGCUGGAUUCGCUAGUCAGAAUACAGUAUUCGACAGUCCAGUCAAUCUCUCCAAUGACGAUGGACUCGUACUCGAUAUCAUCGACGUAGACACAACAGGUCCGCACACAUUCACUCUCAAUCUCAAAAACACACAAGCUGGUUACAGAAACGAUGGUCGUCGUCAGUCGUCUCUCGUAUACGAAUCAGAUUUCACAGCCGAGAAGGCGGGGAGAGUAAAGAUGCCGUGGGAUUCAUUCAAAGCUACCUAUCGUGGAAAGAGAGUACAUGACGCUGCUCCAUUAGACACCGCCCACAUCACAGAACUAAGCUUCAUGUGCAGAUCCAUGUUUCAACAAGUCCCAGAUGGUCCUUUCCAUAUCAAAGUAGGCGCUUUGCAAGCGUACAGAGGAUGGCAUUAUAGCUUCCAAGUGGCUGAUUCUAUCCGUGAAAUUCUCCCCGAUACAGACGAACUUGUCGUCGAGUAUCUCGCUGGAUACCUCACGGACGAAGACGUUGAAGAGAGCGACAUCCUCCACUCUCUCGCUCUCCCAAUGCUAGCGUCGGCGUCUGUCAAAGCCACUCAUGACCGUAGCUUGCUAGAGCAGCUGGAGAAGAUGCUCCAGCCCUUACUCCCUCACCGCGAGUCACUGCAGCCAAGCGAACCAGCCAAGCUCGAGAAUGCAUUUUCUAUGCGUGCUGCUGAUUCUAUGUCCAAGACUGUCGCUUUAGAGGGCAGCGUCGAUCUCGAGUCAGCGACAAAAGGACACGUCUCCCGCGUCGAUCUCAAGAAACUUGAAAAGGCAGAAGCUAAAAUUAAGGCAAAGAUGGAGAAACGCUCGAAACGCGAUCUCUACCAGGGCUCGAAACUGCUCGAUGCACAGAAGACGCAGCAGUCGUAUGAAGAACUCUUCAUGCAGGUCAACCCACUCAACUUUGAUAAGGGCAAGAGUAAGGAUGUCUUGCUGCAUAAUGUCGACGUCAGCAUGGGUUCAAACAAAAUCCUCACCUCAGCUACCCUUCAAGUGGCACAGGGUAAGCGUUACGGUUGGAUUGGAAGAAACGGUGCAGGUAAAUCUACAGUCUUGCGCGCUAUGGCUCUUAGAGAAGUCCCUGUGCCUAAUCACAUUUCUAUUCUUUACGUCGAGCAAGAAAUCAUCGGUGAUGAUACUACUGCGAUCGAGAGUGUCCUCGCGGCCGAUAUCUGGAGAACGCACUAUAUAAAUCAGGAGUUGGAGUUGAACGGUAAUCUACAGAGUAUUGAAGAUAAGAUUACUGCCGGUGAAGAUGCAGCGUCCUUAGGUAGUGAGAGAGAUGAACUCGCUACUCAACUCGGCGAGUGUCAGGAGAAGCUUGUCGAGAUGGAGGCACACAUGGGUCCAAUUAAAGCUGCCUUCUUGUUGGCUGGCCUUGGUUUCAGCGAAUCUGACCAGCAGAAACCAACGAGCUCGUUCAGUGGUGGUUGGAGAAUGAGAUUAGCACUUGCACGUGCGCUCUUCGUUCAACCUGACUUGUUGUUGCUCGAUGAACCAUCAAACAUGCUUGAUUUGAAUGCGUUAGCCUGGCUCGAAGACUACUUGCAGACAUGGCCAUCGACCAUCCUUGUCGUCUCCCACGACAGGGCAUUCCUCGACCACGUCGCAACGGAUAUUAUCCACCAACACAGCGAGCGUCUCGAUUAUUACAAGGGUAACUUCUCUCAAUUCUACGAAACUAAGACGGAGAGAGGAAAGAAUGAACUGAGGGAGUACGAGUCACAGUUACAGUACCGUCAACAUCUUCAAGCAUUUGUUGAUAGAUGGAGAUACAAUGCGGCGCGUGCUUCACAAGCCCAAUCCAAAAUUAAGAUAUUGGAAAAAUUACCAGAAUUACAUCCACCAGAGACAGAAGAUAGCGAGAGUUUCAAAUUCCCAGAUGCGGAGAAGAUAUCACCACCACUGCUCCAGCUCGACAAUAUUACAUUCGGGUAUAGUCCAGAGAAAACUAUACUUAAGGAUGUCGACUUGGAUGUCAGUUACGAUUCGCGAAUCGCUAUUGUCGGACCUAAUGGUGCCGGUAAAUCGACUCUGUUGAAGUUGCUCAUUGGAGAGUUAUCACCAUCGAAAGGACAGCUAAAUCGUAAUGGUAGAUUACGUGUUGCAUAUUUCACUCAACAUCACAUGGAUCAACUUGAUUUAAAUAUGUCUCCCCUUCAAUUCACUCAGGCUCGUUUCCCUGGUAGGACUGCAGAGCAAUACCGUAGCUUCCUCGGUACUUUUGGUAUUAGGGGCAGUACAAGUUUGAGACUGAUUGGUACUCUCUCCGGUGGUCAGAAAUCUAGAUUGGCUUUCGCUAUGCUGGCAUUGCAGAAUCCACAUAUAUUGCUCCUCGAUGAACCUACUAACCAUCUCGAUAUGGAGGGAUUGGAUGCGUUGAUGGAUGCACUCAAGGUGUGGAAUGGCGGUAGUAUAGUUAUCUCGCACGACGAAAGGUUUAUUACGACUGUGGCGCGUGAGUUGUGGGUGUGUGCAAAUGGAACUGUUACGAAAUUCAAGGGCGAUGUGCAAGCAUACAAGUCACUCAUUGUGCAGAAUAUCAAAGACAAACCAACGUAA